GACAGAUCCGACUUCAGAUUGAGAGAAUUCAAGAUGGCUGCUACAGGUUCUAAGUAGAGGACUUACUCUUCUGGAUCUCACUGUGCAUGAAGCACUCCUGAGGUUGUGGUGUCUACUUGCUGCGUCCCCUUGCUCAUCCGGCCUCUCAUCAUGUCCUCCACCUCCUCCUCGUACUCCUCCUCAGGAGAGACCAGCCCAGAGGAUAUACCCCGAGGUGGGGGCACUAUCCGAGUCUACCUCCCAAAUAAACAGAGGACAGUGGUGAAUGUUCGCCAAGGACAGACUGUGCACGAGAGUUUAGAUAAAGCCCUCAAAGUGAGAGGCCUAAGCCAGGAGUGCUGUGCUGUUUUUCGCCUUCUGGAAGGCCGUAAGAGACUGACUGACUGGGAGACAGACAUCACUCCUCUGGUUGGAGAGGAGCUUUUAGUUGAGGUCUUAGAUGAUAUUCCCCUUACAAUGCACAACUUUGUACGGAAAACCUUCUUCAAGCUGGCCUACUGUGAUUUUUGCCACAAGUUUCUUUUUAAUGGCUUCAGAUGUCAGACAUGCGGCUAUAAAUUUCAUCAGCAUUGCAGUAGCAAGGUCCCUACUGUGUGUGUGGACAUGGACACAGUUAGCAAACGUGACUCCACUACCUGCACAGAUGAGUACCCACAGAUACUAUUGCCAGACAAUUCCCCAUCACAGAGCAACCUAGCCUUAACCCCUGAGCCCUCUGGGAUGGACCUCCUGUCCCCGACGUCAGCCUUCCGUUUCCCUUUGCCGGCUGGAGACGGCCAGUCUCUCCAGCGACAUCGCUCCACCUCCACUCCUAAUGUUCAUAUGGUUGGUUCAGUGGGCCCAGCUGGUGUCAGCAUCAUAGAGGAAGCACUAAAAUUUAACAACACAAUGGGUCCUGAGACCUCACCGAAGCCCUCCACCAGCCCGCCAUCUUCUCUGGGCUCCCCUGGUAGGAGGCCUCCCAAGUCUCCCUCAGAGCACAAGGAGCGCAAGCCCUCCUCAUCAGACGAUAAAAAGAAAGUGCACCGAGGGGGCUACAGAGACUCAAGUUACUACUGGGAGGUCCACUCGCGUGAAGUCAGUAUUCAAAAGAGAAUAGGAGCCGGCUCUUUUGGAACUGUCUUUAAGGGCAAGUGGCAUGGAGAUGUGGCCAUCAAGAUCCUUAAAGUAACAGAGCCGACACCUGAGCAGUUACAGGCCUUCAAAAAUGAAAUGCAGGUCUUAAGGAAGACUCGCCACGUCAACAUCCUGCUGUUCAUGGGCUACAUGACUAAGCCCAACUUUGCCAUCAUCACGCAGUGGUGUGAAGGCAGCAGCCUGUACCGCCAUCUGCAUGUCACAGAAACCAAGUUUGACACUAUGCGUCGCAUCGAUGUGGCCAGACAGACGGCGCAGGGCAUGGAUUAUCUUCAUGCUAAGAACAUAAUUCACAGAGAUCUGAAAUCAAACAAUAUUUUUCUCCAUGAGGGCUGGACCGUCAAGAUUGGUGACUUUGGCUUGGCCACAGUAAAGUCCCGAUGGAGCGGCUCUCAACAGGUAGAACAACCCAGUGGAUCCAUUCUGUGGAUGGCGCCUGAAGUGAUCCGAAUGCAGGACAGCAACCCCUAUACAUUCCAGUCUGACGUGUACGGCUAUGGAGUUGUGCUGUUUGAGCUGAUGUCAGGGACCCUGCCUUACUCCAAUAUCAACAACAGAGACCAGAUAAUCUUUAUGGUUGGACGCGGUUACUUGUCUCCAGACCUCAGUAAGCUGUAUAGUACCUCACCCAAGUCGAUGAAAAGGCUCAUCAUUGACUGCCUAAAGUUCAAACGAGAUGAGAGGCCGCUGUUUCCACAGAUCCUGGUAGCCAUUGAGCAGGUGCAAGACCUGCUGCCAAAAAUUGAGCGGAGUCGCUCCGAGCCGUCGCUCCACCGGGCCGUCCAUGCUGAGGAUCUGAAUCCCCUCCUGUUCCACACCACCAGGCUGAUGCCCCUCUAAGCUCAACCACAACAAGGGCAGAGAGGCCGUCGACCUGCCACAACCACAGCAUUCCAGUGCCUCCAAGAGGCCACAGGCUGACUGUCCUGACAGACCACGAACCCCAAACUCCCCCUCCAUUGCUGCAAAGUCCAGGAGCUGCAGAAAAACCAGUAACUGCAGAGAUUUGUUGUGUGUAGAAGUGUAAUGUCUUUUUAGUUAAACAGGUGAAAAGGAUCUGAAUACUAGGUGAGAUAAAUGUCCAGUUCCUAAAGGUAAAAACGUACGUCUGACCAGUCCACCAGAGAAAACCCGGAGCUGUAUUAGGCUGCGUGUCCAGCUAGCCUUUUAUAGCGUGGAAGCCCUCAGGACCUCAUUUCUAGAGGGCUUCUCACCACAGUCAUACAUUGUUCAAAUGCUCAGUUAUCAUAUUCUUAUACCUGUUGGUGAAAUCUGAGAUUUUAAAACCAACCUGAUUGCCAAGAUUGAGGAGGGGAAAAAGCACAUUCAACAUCUUACCUAAACAAGGUGUAAAAUCAAACACUGAGUAGUUUGAAUUCAGUCAUGCAAUCUAAACUAAAAACUUGGCUGUAGAGAUUAAUCGCAUUAAUCACAAUUAACUACACCCCACAAUGAGAUCAUUAAUAUUUCGUAAUUGCAUGCUUUAUUUUUGCUGAAAAAAACUUUGGCUAGGCCACUGCAGCGUCUCCCUGCAGCCACAGUGAUCUAAAAUAAGGCCACCACUGAUCCUUCUAUGUCUCAUUUCAGUUGUAAAAACUUACAGACAGCUCAGCGGACAAGCCAGAAGUCACCUGAUUCUUGUGUUAUCAAACAUUUACUUUUUACUGCUCACAUAUUUCCUUUUCAGUACAUAACAGGUUCCUUUUUCUGUGGUUAAGUUGAUGUUAAAAUGUUUAAUUUACCUCUAAAAGCAGAUCUGUGUCCAAACAGGAAGUCAGUUUUUCUCAGUUUAAGAGAUGAUGCAAAAACAGAUUUAAAUGCAAAAUGGAGGAAUUUUAGAAUGGGAUUGAAAGGAUGCAAUUAAUCACCAUCAAAUACAGAAAUCCUGAGAUUAAUCGCGAUCAAAAUUUUUAAUCUUUUGACAGCCCUACUAAAAAAUAAGAAUAUCUUUAUAAUGUGCAGUUCUGUCCCACAACACAUACCCCAGAUACUGCAUGUUUUGCAUGCAGCUCUGCCUCUCUGUUAAUGCAGCCGACGUUAUCCCUGUGUAAAAUCAUUUAUUUUAUUUUAUUUUUUUAACUGAUUUAACUAUCGAGUAGAUUCAAUUGGAGAAAAAUGCAGCUUUUAUUGACAGUUUGUACUUUUGUGAGUGCUUGUAUGCCUUCAUAUAACCUGUCAAGCAAAAAUGAAAGUGUUGCAUAUAUUUUUAAAUUUAGGAGACGACUUCUGCAUUAUAAUAGAAUGGUAGUUCCUUCAUUGGUGUGGCAGUAACAGUGGUGUCCUAACAGCAUGUUCCAUGCGUGAACAUUUGCAACAUCAGCUUUUCUCUGUUUGUUUCCUAACGGCCCGCCAGUAAUGCAGCAUGAUGCAGCCUCUAACUUUUACCCUCUUGCCCUGUUUGUAUUUUUUUUUUUUUCCAUCGCUUGUAUUAUUAUGGUCAAGGCGCUUCAAGGCACUAGUAGUGCCCCACAGGAAUAUUUUCUUUGUUUUUUCUCUUUCUCUUUUGUCGGAGCUUGUUUGCUUUCUUCGACAACGUGGAAAUAGUGAAGCAUCAAUUGCAUCCAUAUCUAUGAUCCAUCGUUGAUAUCUUAUACUCUGGCUGGCCCAACACUUUUUUCUUCUCCAUUCAAAAUAAAAGCACUAAAUGUCUCACUGUUCCAGGGCAAAACUCAAAUUUACAGGGCAGAUAUGAAAUAUUUAACAGAUGCAAUGUAGACAGCCACUGCCAGAUUCAGCACAAUACCUGACGCUCGCAUGCUGUUAGGACACGGUGUUACACAACUUCUGCAUUACAAGAUAUUGUCAUCUCCUUUAUAAACCAGUCCCUUGUGCACAGAUCAGCAUGCUUUUUAACAGCUUAUUUAACAUCAUUAGUCCAGUUUGUCAUCACAGAUUUGACUACAAUGCCAUCAUGCUUUGGGUUGCAGAACUGCAUAUUUAAGGAUGUUUGUGUUGUUUUAUUGAGAGGCUUCACAUCCUUUACAGAGUUGAGAAGUUUAUUCAGAUGCAAUAACAGGAACAUGCCCUGUUGUUUUAUCCAUGUGUUUACUGAAGGAAUCAUCUGAAGCCAAUUCAUGGCAGUUACUAUUUUGAAAAUGCUGUCUCAAAUGUAUUUUGAGUAAACAGACACAGAGGGGGAUCUAUGGUGGGCCUUUCACCUCCUAACAUGCAACUACUCUGUGAUGGAUUUUAGCCGUAUCAGCCAUUCCCCACAGUUAUCCAAAUCCUGGAUCCUUCGUGAAAUCAAAACAGAUGGAUCUUAAAAAGCACCACCUGUACAUUUUAUCCCUAUAAACACAUGAACUGUGACCAAUAUCAUGUUGAACCAGGCAGUAAACAGGUUUAUUUCUACUGUAAAGUCGGUAUUUUAACAAUAGGUGUAUAUGUGACCUCUUCAGUCAGCCUCAAGUGGACACUAGAGAGACUGCAGUUUUUUUGCACUUGUGCAUUGGCUUCAUUUUUAACAACAGAGGGUGCUGCUCA